AACAAUCAACGUAUCUGCAGGUUUCAGCAGAAGAAUUAGAAAAACGAUCGAGUGAGAAAACAGGGAAAUUGAGUGUACAUUCAUUGCAGUUGUUGUGGUGGUAGUGAGUUGAAAAUUUGACGAAACAAAGUUAUUUUUAAUACUUAAUGUACUAUUCGAGUAAUCUGUACAAUUACACUUCGUACGUACAAUCGCAUUUGUACACUGUCAAAUAUAAUGGUGAUCGUGUACGCGAUAUACCUUGGCAAACCAACGAAUCCGCGUUUCCGUGCAUUAGGUUUAGAAUUUGUUUUUUGUUCAUGUAACAACACAAAAGUGGACAAAGAGUAGAAACGUACAUGCUUAAGUACUCCAGUGUCAGUGAUAAGCACUCAAAAUUUUGAAAAGGUACACGAAGUAACACGAACUUAAACACCUUUUGGAACUUUCGAAAUAAUGUGCCGAUUAUAAAAUAAAGUUUUAGUUUCAGGUGUUAUUUGAUGCAUAUUCAACUAAAGAAAUUUAGUGUGGCUGUGUGAAUUUGAGUAUGUUAUUUAAUAUUGUUUCAAAAUGCAUGUAGAUGAUAUUAUGUGUGUAUGAAUUGAUGGAAACAUGCAAUAUAUAUCGCAUGAAGCUGAAGUAUCGUCAUCAUCGUCAUCAUCGAGUUCGUUACAAAAUAAGAAAUAUCAAUUGCAGUGUUGUUGUCUUUCCAAAAAGUUGUGAUAAAGUUUGAUUUAUAUAUUAAUAGUACAGUGUUGCUACAAAAAUAAUGCCAAUAUGGCUGGUGGUAGUCCGCAACAAGGUGUAACAAAUCCUGCUGGUUUUGUUAGCAGUCAAAAAUUAUGUGGUGGCCGCUAUGAUUUUGAGGACGGUGGUACUUUUUGUGGUGGUUGGGAAGAUAACAAAGCACAUGGUCAUGGCGUAUGUACGGGUCCUAAAAAUCAAGGUGCUUACUUCGGUGCUUGGCAUUACGGCUUUGAAGUCUCUGGUGUUUACAUUUGGCCCAGCGGAUCAUCAUACGAAGGUCACUGGCAGAAUGGGAAAAGACAUGGUCUUGGUGUUGAAAGCAGAGGUAGAUGGAUAUACAGAGGAGAGUGGACACAGGGUUUCAAAGGUCGAUAUGGAGUGAGACAAAGUGUGUCUUCUACUGCUAGGUACGAAGGUACAUGGGCAAACGGUUUGCAGGAUGGAUAUGGAUCUGAAACAUACGCAGAUGGAGGAAGCUACCAAGGUCAAUGGCUACGAGGUAUGCGACACGGAUAUGGUGUACGAGUUUCAGCACCAUUUGGAAUGGCGGCGCGAUUCCGAACGAAAAUCAUUAGAGCUUCUAUGACAUCUCUUAGGAGUAAUGAGGGGAACAGCAAUCACACUCCCAUACCAGAUCCAGUUGAAAAGCGUAGUCAUAGGAUAGAUGACGCUCGAGGCGGUUUUGUACUUAAAGCUAAAUCAGAUGAACCUACAGCAAGACGAAACAGCUUAGUGGAGAAGACGAAAAAAGGAUUGUUAUCGGUACGAAGGUGAAUGGUUUUCUAAUAAAAAGUAUGGCUAUGGUGUAACUACUUUCAAAGAUGGAACGAAAGAAGAAGGGAAAUACAAAAAUAAUGUUCUAAUUACUAGUCAAAAAAAGAGACAUCUAUUUCUCAUUCGAUCCGCAAAGUUUAGAGAGCG